CGCACACUUUUUUGUGGCAAACAUACGCUCGACACGUACACGCAAGACACCCCUCAUACGUCUCUCCUUUCCUUUCUAUACAGCGGAAUCCAAAAAGGCACCUAUCCAAGAAUCCAAUCAUGGCUGUCCGCGCGCAGUUUGAGAACUCGAAUGAGGUUGGCGUGUUUGCUACUCUUACCAAUUCGUAUGCGAUUGUUGCGGUGGGAGCUUCAGAGAACUUCUACAGUGUUUUCGAGGCAGAACUACAAGACGUCAUACCCAUCUGCCAUGCCACCAUUGCAGGAACGAGGAUAGUAGGCCGGUUGACAGCUGGCAACCGGAAAGGCCUCCUCGUCCCCACGACCACCACAGACCAAGAACUCCAACAUCUGCGCAACUCGAUACCUGACGAAGUCAAGAUCCAGAGAAUAGAGGAGCGGUUAUCAGCACUGGGCAACGUGAUAUGCUGCAACGACCACGUCGCGCUCGUGCACCCUGACAUUGAGCGAGAGACGGAGGAGAUAAUAGCGGACGUUCUGGGAGUGGAGGUCUUUAGGCAAACAAUCGCGGACAACGUGCUCACUGGCUCGUACAUGGCCCUCAGCAAUCAGGGCGGCCUCGUGCACCCCAAGACGUCGAUUCAGGAUCAGGAUGAACUAUCGAGUUUGCUGCAGGUGCCGUUGGUGGCGGGAAGCGUGAAUCGCGGAAGCGCAGUGGUUGGCGCCGGCAUGGUGGUCAACGACUGGAUGGCGGUGACAGGUCUCGACACAACUGCUACCGAACUGUCUGUUAUAGAAUCCGUCUUCAGGCUCGGCGAGGGCAAUGCUCCUGGCGCUAUCAAUACGACGCACAAGGACGCCAUGGUGGAAUCCUUCUACUAAACAGAAUAUCAAGUAUGUAGAUGAUGCGAGUCCUCUCCGCCAUAUAUACGGUGGAUUGAGUAGACUACGCGUAGGGCGCCUAGGAAAAGCGGAGCUUUCGCAUUGCAUAUGAGUGCCUCAUCUGAUGUAGAAACCGAAUAAUACCAAGUCUUGUCCAUGUG